ACUGUAGACUACAGUCGGCAGGACCGGCAAUAGCGCAGUGCAAUCCUUCAUCAGAGGCUUUGACAUCUGAUUUAUUUUUCAAAUGAAGGCAGAAAACCAAAGGGGAUUUACUUUUGUAUCAGACAGCGAGAGGGGUUCUGUCCUCGAUGCGUAAGGCAGGCUGUAGAGAAGUUGUGAAUCCAGUCUGCUUCUCUGGGCAUCUAGCAGCCAUGGUCUGAUCAUUACAGUACAGACAAAAUCAUUGAAACACCCUCCAAAAAAGCAUAGCACAAAACAGGAGCUCAGAAACAGCAGCAGCAUGGCUCUAACCAAAAGACACACAUACAGCCGGGUGCUGAGCAGCAGCAGCAGGAUGAGCUCCGACGGGAGCAGCAAGCUGGCCAAGGUGGGCUCCCGGGUGGAGGUGAUCGGUAAGGGGCACCGCGGCACCGUGGCAUACAUCGGAGCCACUCUGUUCGCCACCGGCAAGUGGGUGGGAGUCAUUCUCGAUGAUGCCAAGGGCAAGAACGACGGCACGGUGCAGGGCAAGAGGUACUUUACUUGUGAGGACAACCACGGCAUCUUCGUCCGACAGUCGCAGAUCCAGCCAGUUGAUGAUGGAGCAGAUACCACUUCUCCAGAGACCCCUGAACCCUUGUCUUCAAAGGUCCCUAAACGAGAGCUAUUGGAAACACCUAAAUCCAGCAAACUGCGAGGAGUGAAACCCAAGAAGACACCAACUCCCAAGAAGACCCCAGCCAGGCGGACCAAGCCGACGAGGCCCAGCAGUUCGGCAGCGUCCAGCGGCACGGCAGGCCCUUCUGGGUCAGCAUCGGCCUCCGGGGGGGACAUGAGCAGCAGCGAGCCGAAUACCCCGCUGGCAGCACCCGUGAUCCCCACCCCUAGCAUGGGGCUCACCUCUCCAGGAGCUCACCCUCAUCCGACUCCUAGCAAGGAGGAGGAGUCCCUGCGUGUUCAGGUGAAGGACCUGGAUGAAAAGCUGGAGACUCUGAAGAUGAAGCGCAGCGAGGACAAGGCCAAGCUCAAGGAGCUGGAGAAGUACAAGAUCCAGCUGGAGCAGCUGCAGGAGUGGAAGGGCAAGAUGCAGGAGCAGCAGGCUGACCUGCAGAAGCAGUUGAAGGAGGCCAAAAAGGAAGCCAGAGAGGCUCUGGAGGCGAAGGACCGCUACAUGGAGGAGAUGGCAGACACGGCAGACGCCAUCGAGAUGGCCACUCUGGACAAGGAGAUGGCUGAGGAACGAGCAGAGUCCCUGCAGCAGGAGAUGGACUCCCUGAAGGAGAAGGUGGAGGAGCUGACCAUGGACCUGGAGAUCCUCAAGCACGAGAUUGAGGAGAAAGGAUCUGACGGAGCUGCCUCCAGUUAUCAUGUGAAACAGCUCGAGGAACAGAACGGCAGACUGAAGGAGGCACUUGUCAGGAUGCGAGACCUGUCGGCCUCAGAGAAGCAGGAACAUGUGAAGCUGCAGAAGCAGAUGGAGAAGAAGAACUCGGAGCUGGAGAUCCUGCGGCAACAGAAGGAGAAGCUGGUGGAGGAGAUGACACAGGCCGAGAAGACCAUCGAUGAGCUCAAGGAGCAGGUUGAUGCUGCUCUGGGUGCAGAGGAGAUGGUGGAGACACUAACGGAGAGAAGCCUGGAUCUGGAGGAGAAAGUGAGGGAGCUGAGAGAAACCGUCAGUGACCUGGAGGCCAUCAACGAGAUGAACGAUGAGCUGCAGGAGAAUGCACGGGAAACAGAGCUGGAGCUGCGGGAGCAGCUGGACCUGGGCAGUGCACGUGUCAGAGAGGCUGAGAAGAGGGUGGAGGCUGCGCAGGAGACCGUCGCUGACUACCAGCAGACCAUCAAGAAGUACCGGGAGCUGACCGCUCACCUGCAGGAGGUGAACCGGGAGCUGAUGAGUCAACAGGAGGCCACAGCAGAACAGCAGCAGCAGCCUCCCGCAGAGAUGUUCGACUUCAAGAUCAAGUUUGCAGAGACCAAGGCCUACGCUAAGGCAAUUGAAAUGGAGCUGCGGAAGAUGGAGGUGAGCCAGGCAAACCGACAGGUGUCUCUACUCACCUCCUUCAUGCCGGACUCCUUCCUGCGCCACGGGGGCGACCACGACUGCAUCCUGGUGCUGCUGCUCAUCCCUCGGCUCAUCUGCAAGGCUGAGCUGAUCAGCAAGCAAGCCCAGGAGAAGUUUGACCUGAAUGAGGACUGCAUGGCAAAGACAGGCCUGAGGGGAGCAGUGGGAGAGCAGCUGAGCUUCGCUGCUGGACUGGUGUACUCGCUCAGCCUGCUCCAGGCUACCCUGCACAAAUACGAACAAGCUCUGAACCAGUGCAGUGUGGAGGUUUAUAAGAAGAUUGGCACACUGUAUCCAGAGAUGAGUGUCCAUGAGCGCUCCCUGGACUUCCUGAUCGAUCUCCUCCACAAGGACCAGCUGGACGAGACCGUCAAUGUGGAGCCCCUUACCAAGGCUAUUAAAUACUACCAGCACUUGUACAGUAUCCACCUCACAGAACAACCUGAGGACUGCACCAUGCAGCUUGCUGACCACAUCAAAUUUACCCAGAGUGCCUUGGAUUGCAUGGGGGUGGAGGUUGGCAGACUUCGGGUGUUCCUUCACAUGGGACAGGAAGCUGCAGAUCUUGCCGUCCUCCUGAAGGACUUGGAGACGUCCUGCAGUGAUAUCCGGCAGUUCUGUAAGAAGAUCCGCCGUCGCAUGCCUGGGACAGACGUGCCUGGGAUCCCAGCGGCACUCACCUUCGGACCGCCGGUGUCGGAAAACCUGAUGGACUGUCGCAAGCACCUGACUUGGGUGGUGGCUGUGCUGCAGGAGGUAGCGGCAGCCGGGGCUCAGAUGAUCGCCCCCCUCACUGAGCAGGAGGGUCUGUCUGCACUCAAACUGGAAGACAUUGCCUUCAAAGUAGGGGAACAGAUCUACGGUGCCCAGGGUGUCAGCCCCUACGACUGCAUGCGCCAGUCCUGCAGCAUCGUCAUUGCCACCAUGAACAAGAUGGCAACGGCCAUGCAGGAAGGGGAGUACGACGCCGACAGGCCUCAGGACAGGCCAACUCCUCCGGUGGAGCUGAGAGCAGCAGCACUGAGAGCGGAGAUCACUGAUGCAGAAGGGCUGGGGCUCAAACUGGAGGACAGAGAGACAGUCAUCAAGGAGCUUAAGAAGUCCCUCAAAAUCAAGGGUGAGGAGCUGAGCGAAGCCAGUGUUCGCUUGAGUCUCCUGGAGAAGAAGCUGGACAGCUCCUCAAAGGACGCAGACGAGAGGGUGGAGAAGAUCCAGACCAAGCUGGACGAAACCCAGGCGCUGCUCAAGAAGAAAGAGAAGGAGUUUGAGGAGACGAUGGAUGCUCUCCAGGCUGACAUCGACCAGCUCGAGUCGGAGAAGGCAGAACUGAAGCAGCGUCUGAACAACCAAUCCAAAAUGACCAUCGAUGGUCUGCAAAGGCCGCCUGCCUCGGGGAUCGCUUCCAUCGUCACUGGUGUUGCAACGGAGGAACAGCAGAAAGGGGUCGGCAGUAUGCAGUCAAUGGGCGGUGGCUCUGGCACAGUCCAGGUGAUCGACUCUCCUCUGCUGCUUCAGCAGAUUGAUGCUCAGCGACUCGGCAUCAAAUACCUCAAGAACGAGAACAACCGGCUCAAGGCUGAGAAGAUGAACGCUCAGCUGGCAGCCCUGCCGCCUCUGCGUGUUUCCAAACUGCCUUUGAAGGAGGGAGUGAACACAGACCUGCAGUCCAACCCCCUGUACCGCAAGACCAGCCAGCUGCUGGAGACGCUGCUGCAGAUGAGCGCCAACAUGAAAGUGGUGGACAUCACCGGAAAAACACCAGUGAGCCCUACUGCACAGCUCAUGGAGCAGACUGCUCGUCUCAAGAGUUUGAGUGACACACUGGACAGACUGAAGGAUGAAGUGUCCGAGCAUGUGGUAUCACAGCGCCGCGGCGCCCGAGUGCCCUCAGACUUCGCCACAUUUCCCUCCUCCUCCUUCGUCAAGGCUCAAGUGGAGCAGAAGGACGACACGGUGCUCAUAGGGAGGGUGAUGUUCCCCUGUCCCCGCGGGCAGGAGCAGAUCCACAGGGUCGUCCUAACACAGCCACAGCUCCACAAAGUGCACCGCCUGCUCCUCUCCUCCUAGACUGCUGUGAAACGUACCACUGCGCUCACUCUCUCUCUCUCUCUCUCUCUCUCUCGCUCAUCUAACUGUAUGUAUUGCAGGCUGCUAGCUUUCAAUGAAGUGACAUCCCAUACUGGCAUGGGAAGGUGCUGUGUUUAGGCAUAGUGGGACUGGCACUACUUGAUGGGACCAUUUGAAAUCAUAACUAUCCCGAUGAAGAAAACAAACAAAACAAAAAUAAAAUGCAUUCAUUCUAGUUUCAUGUGGCCUUUUGUGCAAUGUGCCCUGAAUAUGUAAUACUAUGUCAAUGCUAUAUCUAUAUCUACACAGUAUAUGCUACAUAAUGGUCCCAUAUUUACAGUUAUCAAAAGCAAGUAUACUAAGCUUCCAAUUACAUUAGCUAUUAUUUAUGUGUCUAUAUUUACACAGUAUAUGCUACAUGUUCCCAUAUGUAGUUAUCAAAAGCAAGUACACUAAGCUUCCAAUUAUAUUAGCUGUUAGCUGGAGGGAAAAAGCAUUCAAGGAAAAUUCAUAUAAAUAGAGAAAAUAGGAAUUUCAAAAAAUCUAUAAUGAAUCCAAAUUUGCCCUGUUAAUUGUAUAAAUGUGCUGUGUUAUUAGAUAGUUAAUCAGUUACUUGCAAUGAACUACAGGAUAUUUUACAUUUAAGACUGACGUACAGGCAUCUUAAAAUAAGAAGUGAGUUUCAGAUUGGAUUUCAUGUGUGUUGCACUCUUACCUGCAUCUGAAAUAUGGUGUCAACCAACACACUGUGAGGAUUUACACAGUGCUGUCACAUUUUAGCUUAGUUAUAAUUUCAAUUGUAUUGAAAUGACAUUAUAAAGUAUAUGCGUUUUCAGGAAUCUCUGACUAUUUAUGGCAUCACUAAAUGACAAUACUAUUUACUGUAGUGUGCAUCUCUAACUUAUUUUGAUAUUGUUAUUUGUAUGAAAUGUGUCUUCAACAACUGGGUUUUAAAGAAGUCAACCAUUGUGCAGACUAUUCGGAAGUUUAAUCAGACAUGACCUUGCUCUAAAGUGAUACUUGAAUGGGGUGGUUUACUGUUUUAAAUAAUGAAAUAAUUACACUUGCUGCAGAGUGUUUAUAAAAUUGACCUACAGGGUAUUCAAAGCCAGUUGAUUUCGAGUGGGUGUCCUCUUUUCAGUCCAGUCUUCAAGGGAGAAUGUAAGUGUUGGAUAACAUGCUAGGUCUUGCAUUAGUCUAGCCAUAUCCGUUUCUAUUGUGCACUAACCUUUGUUUGGUUUAGCCAUGAGGAACAAUCAACAAACUCUACACUAAGAUUAAUGUUGUUCUGAAACUGGCUGUUAUAAAUAAACAAAAAAAAAAUGUGUUUGGUAGAUACUAUUUUUUUGUAAUAAUAAUAUUAUUAUUAUUAUUAUUAUUAUUAUUAUUUUCCAAGAAUCUGUUUACAUAGCAGUGGGUGCCAAUAUAUUUCAGGACAUGAACUUGUGAUAAGACAUUGCCUUAGAUUUGCAACACUUAUUUUUGAUGUCUGGUUUAGUUAUGCAGAGUACUUUAAUAACUAUGACAUAUGGAGUUUGUGGGGGGAAAAAAGAUGUAGCAGCUUGUUUCUUUUAUAUAGUACAGGUGCAAACUGUCUAGAAAAUCAGUUCAUAUAUACCGAGCAAUAAAAGAAACAUCACUAUUAUAACACAUAUAUUUCGAUCAUUCAUCCUUGACCAUGACACGCUUCUGUGACUAUGACUGAAGCAUGUGCACUUAAUCACCUAAUUAGUGAGACAGUUGAUUGGACACUGGAUAGGGAGUGAUUUCGGCGGUUGAAUUGCAAACUUGAAUAAAAGCAAUAAAGAAUCACAGAAAAAAACCCAUAUGCCACAUCUGGCAAGAGAGCAGCGCCUUUGUGCAAUUGGCAUGUUGGAGGCUGGACUAGGGCAGCGUCCUGUGGCUCGCCGUCUUGGGUGCUCACAGCCAGCAAUUUCAGGCCUGGCGAGACGGUAUAACCAGACACACACUGUCAAUGACAGGCCACAAACUGGGAGACCAAGAGUCGCAACACCUGCCCAAGAUCGACAGAUCAUUUUGCAGCAUCUUCAUGAUGUCAGUUGUUAAUCAGCACAAUAAAAGGUCACUGUACCUGCUCUAAAACAGAGUUUGUCAUUUUUCGAUCAUAUUUAGUGAAUUUUAUCCAAAUAUAAGCGAUACGUUUCUUUUGAUGCUCAGUAGAUUAUGUAGUUGACUUUUGUUUCAUGAUUAAACUAUGAACCGAGAACAGGAAUCUUGUUGCACAGCUGUUGUACCUUUACAAUGAGAGCAAUUAGCUAUGCAUGCCUGGCAAAACCUAUAGGAAUAUCCACUUCAGAGGAGACAGAAAACUUAACUAACCCAACUAAAUUAUUCAUAUCCCACUGUGCUAGAUUUUAUCAUAACGGGAUUAAGUUAUUCACAUGCAACACACAAGUGCACCAUGAAUGUCCCAACAAGACAUCACAGAAUUACUUGUAGCUAGAAGCAAGUGGGUAAGGAACAAAUUUAUAAAGCAUUUUUUCUCUUUACUUGAAUCAUAUUCCAGCCCAUUCUCCUCUGCACUACUUCCACUGCAGUGCUUUAAAUCUGUUGAUACCAUAAACAGCCUAUCAGUGAUGUGAAAGAAGUGUUUCAGCCCUAUACAGUACCUUGUGUGACUGAUUUCCCUUCUCUCCCCUCCUGUGUUCUAGCGAGUGCAUGUACAGAGGCAUUACAUUCUAUAAUCUGUAUCCCAGACCAGGCACUGGUCCCAUCCAGUUAAUAAAGCUUUAUCAUCAAGGA